AUUUGAAUUAGCUUCACUUUAGACUUUGGCUUCUCCCAUUAAUAAUUUCAAAAGACCCUUUCAAAUAUAUGUGCACAUCUUUCAAUCCUCUAAAGAUCAAUUCUCUCAUGCAUGUAUACAAAAGGGUCUUUUGAAUGUCAUUAGUCAUAAUCAUCAUAGAUUGUAUAUAAGAGUUUAUUUUUUUCCUAAUUAAAUUAGUAACAUUGCCUUCAAAUUUGUAAUUAAUCUGAGCGAUUUUGAAUUUGAGGCUUGGAAUUAAUUAGCAUAUGGAGUACUUGGAGAACGCGAAAACUAUUCGUCUGAAAACGCACAAUGGCAAAUACCUCACAGCAAGCAAUGAUGAGAAAUCUAUACGCCAAAAACGUGAUGGCUCAACUGUAAAUGCACUUUGGGCCGUUGAAUUUUUGGAUGACCAACAAUACUUGCGCCUUAAAAGUUGUCAUGGAAAGUACUUGACAGCUUCAAAUGUUCCAUUACUUCCUAAGGUAACGGGAUCAAGAAAGGUCAUGCAGACGUUGCCUAAGAAGCUAUGUUCCGCAACAGAAUGGGAGGCUGAACAAGAUGGAUCGUUAUAUCAAAUUCGUCUAAAAACGCGAUACGGGCAUUUUCUGAGACCCUUUGGAGGAAUACCACCAUGGAGGAACAUUGUUACCCAUGAUGUUCCUCAUAGGAAAAAAGCAACUCUAUGGGAAAUUGAAAUUAUGGAGACUCACAAAAAAGCUCUACCUGCACCAACAAAUUUCGCCCAUAUUACAAAAGCAUUCUCUUGUAAUUUUACUGAGCCCAUAUAAACAAAUGAGUUGUAU